UUUCUCACUCUUGCCUCUUUUUCUUCUCUCUAGCCUACAAUUAGGGUUUGUUAAUUGGUUCACAAGUCUCCUUCAAAUAUGAUCAUUUUGAGGAGCUUCGACGGCAAGACCUUUGAGGUCGAUGAGGCGGUGGCGCUAGAAUUGGAGACGAUUAAACAUAUGAUAGAGGAUGACUGCGCUAAGAACACCAUCCAUGUACCAAACGUUACUGGAAAGAUCUUAGCCAAGGUCAUCGAAUACUGCAAGCGCCAUGUGGAGGUUUCUAAAGCUGAAGAUAAGACUGCUAAAGAGGAUCUUAAGACUUUUGAUGCUGAAUUCGUCAAAGUUGACCAGGGCACCCUUUUCAAUCUCAUGCUGGCUGCCAACUACUUAAACAUAAAGUGCAUGCUUGACCUGACAUGUCAGACAGUUGCUGACAUGAUCAAAGAGAAGACCCCUGAAGAGAUACGUAAGACAUUCAACAUCGAGAACGACUUCACUCUUGAGGAAGAGGAAGAAAUCAGGAGGGAGAAUGCUUGGGCAGGCUAGUGAAUUUGAGUCUGCUAAGCGUCCAUAUGUGAUGAUAUAUCUGCAAUAUACUUUAGUAGAUGCUAUGAAUAACUUAUAUUAGUGAGUGUGUGACUGUUGUUUCUCGAUUGUUAGUUGAACUUCUUCUGCUCUGUUAUGCCAUGGUUUCUUGUGUUCUAAGAAAAAAUUGAAGAUAAAAAUCAUG